AUGCUUGGAAGAGUCAGACUGGUUGGUGGUUCUCGCUGCUCUGGGAGAGUGGAGGUGCUUCAUAGGAAGACCUGGGCCACAGUGUGUGAUGCUGACUUUGACCAGCAGGAUGCAGAGGUUGUGUGUAGAGAGCUGGGCUGUGGGCCUCCUGUGGAGGUGCUGGGAGCUGCUGCUUUUGGCAGAGGGGAGGGUCAGGUGUGGACAGAGGAGCUUCAGUGUAGAGGCAAUGAAUCUGAUAUUUAUUCAUGUCCAACAUCAACUAAACUCAAACAUGACUGCUGCCAUGACAACGAUGUGGGUCUAUUGUGUGCUGGAACAAAUUCUUUUGUGAGGCUGGUGGAUGGUAGCAGUCGCUGUGCUGGGAGAGUGGAGGUUCUUCAUAGAGGACAGUGGGGAACAGUGUGUAAUGAUGACUGGGAUAUGAGAGAUGCUGCAGUGGUGUGUAGAGAGCUGGGCUGUGGGGAGGCUGUAGAUGUACUGGGUAAUGCUCACUUUGGACCAGGAUCAGGACCAAUCUGGAUGGAUAAUGUAGACUGUAGUGGAUCAGAGUCUUCACUGAAGAACUGUAGAUCAGCAGGUUGGGGUAAACAUGACUGUAAUCAAACUAAAAAAGCUGGAGUAAUCUGCUCAGGAGUGAAGCUGGUUGGUGGUCCUCACCUGUGUUCUGGGAGAGUGGAGGUGCUUCAUGGGAAGACCUGGGCCACAGUGUGUGAUGCUGACUUUGACCAGCAGGAUGCAGAGGUUGUGUGUAGAGAGCUGGGCUGUGGGCCUCCUGUGGAGGUGCUGGGAGCAGCUGCUUUUGGCAGAGGGGAUGGCCAGGUGUGGCCAAAGGAGCUUCAGUGUAGAGGCAACGAAUCAGAUAUUUACUCAUGUCCAACAUCAUCUACACUCAAACACAACUGCAUUCAUGACAGUGAUGUGGGACUGGUGUGCAGUGUGAGGCUGGUGUAUGGUGGCAAUCACUGUGCUGGGAGAGUGGAGGUUCUUCAUAGAGGACAGUGGGGAACAGUGUGUGAUGAUGACUGGGAUAUGAGAGAUGCUGCAGUGGUGUGUAGAGAGCUGGGCUGUGAGGCUGUAGAUGUACUGGGUAAUGCUCACUUGGACCAAUCAGGACCAAUCUGGAUGGAUGAUGUGGACUGUAGUGGAUCAGAGUCUACACUGAAGAACUGUACAUCAGCAGGAUGGGGUAAACAUAACUGUUACCAAACUAAAAAUGCUGGAGUCAUCUGCUCAGGAGUGAGGCUAGUUGGUGGUCCUCGCUGCUCUGGGAGAAUUCACCUCUGUUCAAAAUCACCUUCAAUUAAACAUAACUGCUCCCAUGACAAUGAUGUUGCACUGGUGUGUUCUGGCAGUGUGAGGCUGAUGAAUGGUAGCAAUCGCUGUGCUGGGAGAGUGGAGGUUCUUCAUAGAGGACAGUGGGGAACAGUGUGUGAUGAUGAGUGGGGUAUGACAGAUGCUGCAGUGGUGUGUAGAGAGCUGGGCUGUGGGGAGGCUGUAGAUGUACUGGGCAAUGCUCACUUUGGACCAGGAUCAGGACCAGUCUGGAUGGAUGAUGUAGACUGUAGUGGAUUGGAGUCUACACUGAAGAAAUGUAGAUCAAGUGGAAUGGGGGUUAGUGACUGUCAUCAUGGCAGAGAUGCAGGAGUUAUCUGCUCAGGGGUCAGAUUGGUUGGAGGUUCUCAUUGCUCUGGGAGAGUGGAGGUGCUUCACGGGAAGACCUGGACCACAGUGUGCGAUGCUGACUUUGACCAGCAGGAUGCAGAAGUUGUUUGUAGAGAGCUGGGUUGUGGGGCUCCUGUGGAGGUACUGGGAGCAGCUGCUUUUGGCAGUGUGAGGCUGGCGGAUGGUGGAAGUCGCUGUGGUGGGAGACUGGAGAUUCUUCAUAGAGGACAGUGGGGAACAGUGCGUGUUUAUGGAGUAAAUGCAAUAGCUGGAGUAGUGGUGUGUAGAGAGUUGGACUGUGGAGAGCCAGUGGGAGUUAAUAUGGCUGUACCAGGAUCAGGACCCAUAUGGAUAAGUCAUUUGAUCUGCAGUGGAUCCAAGUCUAUACUGAAACAUUGUGGAUCACUGGGUUGGGGUGAACAUAGCUGUGAUCAUGGUUAUGAUGUUGAAUUCAUCUGCUCAGGUCACACAGCGGUGCGUCUUGUGAACGGCUGGGACUCCUGUUCUGGUCGAGUAGAGCUCCAGUACCUCAGUGACUGGGGCUCAGUUUGUGGUGAUAGCUGGGAUAUGAGAGCUGCCAACGUAUCUGUAGCCCCUGUUAUUACAAGCAAAGUAACCACCAACUCCAUCUCAGAUGUAAAGUCAGAGAUGAUAACCAGUCGUCCAAAAACUCCAACAGCAGCUACUCUGUCUGCUUCUCCAGUGGUCCUGCUGGUACUGGGAGUGCUACUUUUCAUGGCCUUAGUGCUUCUUGCUGGGCUGGUUUACCAGAACAGACUGCUCAGGAGUGUACUCUCUAAGUGGAGGUGUAAAAAUCUGCCUGAAGGAAUCUAUGAAGAGAUCAACCACAGAGUCAUCACUGAAAGAACACCUAUCUCAGCUCAAAGAGAACAUAUCAGCUCUGAGGUGGAGCAUUCUGGUUAUGAGGAUAUUGGUGAGGAGCUUCUGUCAGAACGUACCCGCUCUGAAGUACAACAUUCUGGUUAUGAAGUUGUUGGUGAAGAGCUUCUCUCAGUUACAGCAAAAUCUGUCAAUGAAGAAAAGACUGAGUAUUAUGAUGAUGCCAUCACCAGUAGUGGUCUGACAAGUGACCUAGGCACAGAAAACACACCAGAGAAUUAUGAUGAUAUCAGACCUGGACAGAUACCUGAUAGAGUAGAAAAGGAUGUGGUAGAGAUCGAUGAUAAUGCCGUUACUCUUAGACCAAACUCACAUGUUGCAACAGCUCUCACUCCAGAGGACUAUGAUGACGUCAUCUCCCCUGGACAGGACUCAGGAGGUGGUACAGUCUAUGAUAACCUGUAA